AUGAGCCGAUUCAACAAAGCGGCAUUAGAGAUCCGAGACCUAAAUCCGGCCGUUGCCCUUCAUCACCUGACCACCACCUUGAAGCCAGGACCAUUUGCGAACAGUAUCUGCAAGAAACCACCAACUGACAUGGAUUACUUGCGUCGGCACGCCGACAAGUACAUGCAGAUAGAGGAACUAGCUGAGUUUUGCAACCAAGCAAGGGCGGAUAUAGCCAUCAAAAUCGAGAAGCCGGUCGAGAACAACUAUCGAAGCCGCCCGAAAGAGCUUGUACCCCAAGAGAAACCUACUCGUGGACCAAGGUACUCUCAUUACACUCCGCUAAACACUAGCCGAUCGGCUGUCUUGGAUCAGGCACUCACGUCGGAGGUUCUAGCAGUGCCGAAGCGAGCCUCGACCCCUCCGCGCGCCGACACAACCAAGUCCUAUAAGUAUCAUCGAAACCGGGGCCACUCGACCGAGGAAUGCGCGGCCUUGAAAGACAAAAUCGAGGACUUAAUCAAACAAGGGCAGCUCCAACGUUUUGUCGACAGACCUCGUUCUCCUCGACACGAGGAUCGUCAGCAUCGUCGAGAUCAGCCUAACCAAGAUAGAUCCGAAGGACAUCUAUCUUACAGGGAACGGAGCCGGUUGAGGAGCCGAAAGGAAGACGAACCGACAACCCAGCCCCGAAGAGUCAUCAACACCAUUGCCGGCGGAUUUGCAGGCGGCGGCUCCACCUCUUCAGCUCAAAAAAUACACCUGCGAGCCGUCCGAGCUGUGCACUCGGUUGAACGCAUUCAGCGAAGGUUGCAAGCCAUCACAUUCACCGAAGCCAAUUUUAAAGGUAUCGAUCCUGAUCAGGACGACCCCAUGGUUAUCAGCGUCAAGAUCCACAAUUGUAUCAUUCGGAAGACGUUGGUCGAUCAGGGAAGUUCGGCCGAUAUACUAUACUGGAACACAUUCAAACAGCUCGACAUCCCGGAGGCCGAAUUGAUCCCAUACAAUGAACCCUUGGUCGGAUUUUCUGGCGAGCGUGUCCAAACAAAAGGGUACAUCAAGUUAUCCACCCGUUUCUGCUUCGAUGGAGCCGAAGCCCGAGACAUCUCAGUAAACUACGUGGUUGUACAUGCUAACACAUCGUACAACAUUCUUCUCGGAAGGCCUUCCCUCAAUAAGCUAGGUGAUGGAAGCACUUGGUGA